UACUUAGAAUUCCGUAGCUGCUCUAAAAUUCCUCACAUCUCCUACACCCUACUACCUACCUCACUUCUCCACACUCCUCCUCCUCCGCCUCCUCCUCCUCGGACGACGAACGAUCGAGAGUGCAUACUGUACCAGGACCAGAACUCGGAGACUGAUCGACCAGCUGCACGUUGCAAUGCUCAAGGCAUUAGGAUUCGGGGGUUCCCAUUCGGCGUCGAGCCAAUCGCUCAAUGCUCUCGAUGAGCCGUAUGCACUGAAUCAAGCCUUGAAAGGUUGGCCUACCUCCGUCUACCUCCGUCUACCUCCCUUCACGAACAUGCGGGUACUGACCUAAACCAUCGAUGGACAUGCUCAUGGACGACUACGUCAGUGACGCGGAGAAGGCACUCGAGACUGGACAGUCUAGUUUCCAUAAGCUGGCUGGAGGAGUGAUCGCAUUUUUAGGCGCGAGUCUGGGCUUCGAGGCGGACAUAAUGAAACAAGCUUCUGAUCGACUCGCGGAUGCUGAAGCUUCGGCUGAACGGGAUAGGAAGAGAGCUGUGAAAGAGAACCAUGUCUCCGGGAAUAUCCCGCCUGGAAUGGAAUUUGCACUCUGUCAUGCUGAAGCGCAACUCAUGUCUGCGGUCGUGGGAUUGCUCUCCGAGUCCGUCGCCGAGACGUUACGAUCGUUCUACAGACUCCGAACGGCCUACAAGACCCUCGAAGGCAUCCAUACUGCCAUCAGCGCCAUACCUACGGACGAUGAAGUCGGGACCUCGACCCCUGCCAGUCGGCGCAGCACCGAGUCGGAUAGCGCGCGAUCGUCGAAGGCGGCUUCGACCGUUAGUGGCGCCGGAUCAAAAAAAGAGGAGGGAAUCACGAUGGGCAAAGCUUCAAGCAAGGCUUCUGUGGUGUCCCUUCGAAAGACGAAAUCUCGGAUGGCUCGGGACGAGGUGGAGGUGUUCACACGGUCUGGGUGCGCUCUGUGUUUUGGGCUGCUGCUGCUUCUGCUCGGAAUGGUUCCCCCCAGUCUUGGUAGGGUCAUGAGCAUAGUGGGGUUCCGGGGAGACAGACAACGAGGGCUCGAGAUGCUCUGGGAAGCUGCUGAGGCGGGCAACGUUCACGGUGCCAUUGCAACUUUGGUAAUCCUGCAGUAUUACGGUAACGCUGUACAGUUCUGCGACAUCCUCCCGCCGGAUAACGAUCAAGGUGGAUAUCCGAAGCAGAGAUGCCAGUUGAUCCUAGCAAGGAUAAGAAGGAAAUACACCAACAGCGCUCUCUGGAAGCUUGAGGAGGCCAGGAUGGAGGCGGUUGAGGGACGAGUCGCUGUGGCCGUGGACAUGCUGUCUCAGCCCAUCAAGACCGAGAUGAGACAAGUUGAGGCGUUGAUGCUGUUCGAAAAGUCAAUCAACGGCAUGUUUCUCCACCGCUACGAAACAGUGGGAGACGACUUCAUAAAGCUUACGACCCUUAACAAAUGGUCCCAUGGCCUCUAUCACUACUUUGCCGCUGGAUGUUACGUCGAGUUGUACCGGCAGUACAACGGGAAGGAUGCCGAGAAAGCAGAGACGUAUGCCAAGUGUGCCGAGGAACUCAUCCUUAAAGUACCAACCUUCAUGGGCAAGAAACGCUUCAUGGCACAGAGCCUUCCGCUGGAAGUCUUCGCCGAUCGGAAGAUCAAGAAGUGGCAGGCCCGAGCAACAGCACGGGGUAUCCGACUGGUUGACGGUGUCGGAGCGAGUCCUAUCUCGGAGAUGAUAUACAUCUGGAAUGGGUAUAAGCGGAUGGAUCUAGAAAACCUAGACACUUCUCUGAAGGCGAUUGAGUACUCGCGUGAGGCUCAAGCUGACGAGGCUGAUGAGUGCGCGAUCCGCAACUUGCUGGAGAGUGUGGUCUGCCGGAGGAAGGGGGAGCUAGAGAGGGCUAAGGAGUUGCUCACUCUGGUGUUGGAGACUCCCCUUCCUAAGGGAACCCCACACGACGAAUGGAUGCUGCCAACUGCGCAUUACGAGAUGGCGGUUUGUUUAUGGCAUCAACAUGGGCCGGGCGAGCACAACGAGGAGAUUAAAGGGUGGCUAACGAAGGCUGCCAAUUGGGGAGCGUAUGAGUUGGAUACGCGGGUUGGGAUGAAGAUACAGACAGCACUGGACACCGUCAGACGGUACAGUGAAGCCGCGACUGGGGCCGCCAAAACAUAAAGGCGAGAGUGUAGAGCAGAAAUGAAACGAAAAUGUGUAUGAGCAA